AUGAAAAUUACAAACAACACCACAAAUAUAAAGCAACACAAAUGCCUACAAGAAAUAAGUGAAAUUGUGGAUAAAACUCAACCAAAAAAAAACCAAUUCAAAUACGUCAUAAACAUCAAUCAUGAAGCUGAUGAUAAAAUAAAAAAAGAUUUAGAAAAAAAUUUGGACAAAAAAGAUGUUUUAAUCAAAAGUAAUAAUCCAAUUCAAAAUUCGAAACAAAAAAAAAAAAAAAAAAAAAAGUAA